ACGCUGCUGAGGGUGAAGCGCUGACAGGACGCUGGUGGAGAGCUCAGUGAAGUGUGUCUGCAGCAGCAAGCCCAACGCUGGAUUACCAACACACAGAGCUGGAUUUGGGUUGUGGAGUUUCAUAAUCAUAAGAUGCAUGACCAGCGGCACGUAUGGCUCUCCAGCAGGGGGCAGCAUAGAACCAAGAACAACUUCCAGUCCUCGGACUGUUUGUGCUGUCAGAAUCACACCUCUGAAAACCAUGAAAGGUUCUCCUGACCUGAUUCCCAAUGCAGAUUUGGACCCAAGCAGAGUGUGCAAAGGGAAGGGAGUUGUAACUCUAAGGGCCACCCUCGUCCACAUUGAUGAUGAGGACAGCAUCAGUGACGAGCCAAACGCCAUCACAGCGCCAAGUGGCUGGACAAGCCAGAUUAAUGGAGACAGCUAUAAAGCAGGAGGGGCUGAGGGAGGCAGCAACAAUACAGCUCAUCUACCUCCUGAAAACAGCACUCAGUGCCAGGUCAAUUUACCCAGAAGCAUAAAAGAAAACCAAGCUCCAUCCUUUGCUGACACUCAGAACUGCAUCACAUCAACUCUCAGCUUUGGUUAUCCCUCCACCACCACCGUAAAUCCUACCAUUGUCCUGCUUCAGCACAACAGAGAGCAGCAAAAGCAUCUUUCUCAUUCAGAAGACCCAACCCCGGAGAGGGACAAAAGCCCUGAUCCAGGGAGAGACUUGACGAGUCCGGUCUCUGAUAUGGACGGGAAGAGGCUGCGGCUAUCCCUGCACUCCCCGGUCUUCGCUCCUCUCAAUAAGCCUAUUGUGCCUGAACGAAACACGGAAAAGUCCAAAGACUGGUAUAAGACAAUGUUCAAACAGAUACAUAAAUUACCAGAGCCUAUUGAGGAAAACCCGUACCACCCCACCUACAUUUUUCCCGAGAACUUUGAAAUUCACAUGAAAUCCAAAGACAAUGCUCCCGCUCCCUUUGGUUACCUGGAAGAUGUCAGAGCAGUCCCACGCUCAAAAAGCAACGAUGAAGUCGACUCAAGAGGCAGGUCGAUGCCAGUGCCAACGCGCUCCUCUUCCCUCAAACCUUCUGCCAAAAGGAACGAGUGGGAGCCCCCGGAUAAAAAGGUAGACACCAGGAAGUACCGCGCCGAGCCCAAGAGCAUCUUCGAGUAUGAGCCGGGGAAAUCAUCGGUGCUGAAGCUGGAGAGAACGACUCAGGAUUUAAGUCCAGAAGAUGUAGAUUUAGAGAAUGAGCCUUGGUAUAAAUUCUUUUCAGAGAUGGAGUUUGACAAAGCGAGUACCCCCUCCUUCAGCCCCUUGGAAACAGCCUCCGACCUGCAGCAGUACUCCUCGAGCAAGUCUGGACACAGCGAGGUGGAGAAGGACAGAGGAUCAUCCACAAAUGAGCCUACGGCUCCAGAAUGCGACCGACAUGUUUACAAGAGUGUCCUGGAGGGCGGCGACAUUCCCUUACAAGGUCUACGGGCUCUAAACAAGCGCCACGGGAGCUCCUCCUCCUCUAAAGUGGAUUAUAAAGGUGGGAAUGGCUAUAUAAUUUCACCCUGCUCCUCUGUAAAUAGUCGAUCGGUUCUUGCCAGUAAUCCAAUAGGUGACCAGUGUAAGAGUAAGAAGCCUCUAUCUGCUGCCAAAGCCUGCAUACCCCAAAUCCUGCCAUCGAAGUUCAAGCCCAAGCUGUUGCCCUCCAGUGGUAACAGUCAGGAAAGCAGGACUAAAGCUUCUAGAUACCCAAAGGCCCACAGCUGUGAAGAUCUCUACACGGGGCCAUUUGACAUAGACUGCGUAGGAGCAGAGGAAAGUGAAAGCGGGCAGCAAUCAGACUCUAAGUCCAGCUGUGGGAGUGAGUGCUCUGAUGGCCUCAGGAAUGUUUCCCCUGCAAUUAAGAGGAGUACUUCUGAGUUUUCCAGCCUGUACAGGAGCAUGCAUCACAUCCAGCGACCCAGCUCAGUUGGCUGCAGCCCCCAUGGCAGUGUCCGAUGCCUGACCUCUCUUUUUGAGAAAUCAAAGGCAGGGGAUGACAAGUCAGAGACGGACGAUGGGUGUGACAUUCCUCGUGACAGUGUGUCGUCACGGGUCAGUGAGUUUGAAAUGAUCAUUCAGAGGUCCAGCUCAACUCCUGGCCGCUCUUCUUCCCUGCCCACCCUGCACUCCAGCCACAACCACAGCCCCAGCCACAGUCCUGCCCACCUUCACAUGCCAUCUGCAGUGUCAGCUGAGUCCCUUUUGGUAGCUGACACCACACAGACUGAUGCCCGUGCCCUGGUGGAGACAGAGGGCAAAAGCAGCAGGCAGGAGGCCCCUUCACCAGACAGUGUGACUGUAGAGGAGACUGCCUCCUCCUCAGAGGAUGGACAUAACAUCAGGACUGAGUCCCCCUCUAACACAGAGGCUGAAGUGGAGCAGAUAUUUAGUAAGAGUUCCCAAGAAUUAACCCACCAAAAUCUAAUUGAAUCAAAGAGUCCAUCAGCACAGUUUACAGCGUCUCCUCCACAACACAACCAUCUCCACCAUCACCACCACCAUCUCCUGCAUCACUUGAACCACCAAAUCGUCCUUAAACCCAGCAAAUGCAAAGGUUCCUGCCCAGCCUCCUACACCCGCUUCACCACCAUCCUCAGGCAUGAGAGGCAACAAGCCACAACCCAACAGGAGAGACCACCACCUUCAGAGAGGAAGACCACGCUGCCAGGAAACCUCUUCCUCAUGGGCCCCGCUCCCUUCAGGUUACGAAAGAACCUGCAGUCCCACCAAAGUCGAAGGACAAUAUUAGCCACCAGGGUGUCAGUGAAAACUCAGAGGCCCUGCAGCCUGUCUCCUGAGCUCAGGCCCCUAAUCCCUCAGCGCCUCUCCUCCCUCGAGGUUCUUGAGAGGCUGAGUAAUGGGGAGGGCAGCGGCACUGAACAGCUGAGUAACGGGCAAGCCUUGGACACCAACGGGAACCUACUGCAGCCGCUGGCAGCUCACUGCAGAGACUCCUCCCCAGCUCACGGGGAAAGCCAAGAUGAAGUAUUGAGGCGGCGUCAUGGUGACAAAGAGAAAAUGUUGGAAGAGCAGCGGCGGCUGAAGCGGGAACAGGAAGAGGCGGACACAGCAUCGAGGCGGCACACAAGCAUUGUCCCAACGCACCACCAGUUCAUCACUAAUGAGCGCUUCGGAGACCUGCUUAACAUCACAGAUAACGCAGAGAAAAGGAAAUCAGGCGUAGAGAAAACUCCAGCUAUGGCUCGUUUUGACUUCAGAGCAGAGACCCUAAAGGAAUUACCAUUUCAGAAGGGAGACAUUGUGUAUAUCCUACGACAAGUAGAUCAAAACUGGUAUGAGGGCGAACAUCAUGGAAGAGUUGGUAUUUUCCCAAGGAGCUAUGUCGAGCUGCUCCCACCGACAGAAAAAGCACAGCCAAAGAAAAGUGCCCCAGUACAGGUGCUGGAAUAUGGAGAAGCUGUGGCCCGUUUCAACUUCAGAGGGGACACAGUGGUGGAAAUGUCCUUCAGAAAGGGAGAGAGGAUUACACUGAUUCGCAGAGUUGAUGAGAACUGGUAUGAAGGCAAAAUUGCAGGCACCAAUCGGCAAGGCAUCUUCCCAGUCACCUAUGUAGAAGUGCACAAACGGCCCCGUGUUAAAAACGGCGUGGACUACCCCGACCCUCCUAUCAGCCAGUCUCCACAGCGCAGCACCAAUGCUUCUCCUCAGUUUGUGAAGAAUGAGGCUGACCAUCAUGGACGAAGCACUAGAAGCCCUGUGAUGCUUUUUGAUAUCCAGGAUAACAACAAUGUCAACUCAUUUGCAGAGGCAGUGUGUAAUGAGAUCUUGAAUAUAGCUGAGACCUCGGUGAGGUACUGCAGCACGCUGUCCCACCACCAUAAUGACUCUGUCCAUAGACUACACCCCCACCCCAGUAAACAAUCUCUCAUCAUUUCCCAGCAACCCCAGUCCCACAGCAGCAGCCCAGAGCCAAACCGUCUCAGCUGUGGAAUUUUCCAGGCUUUAUACAGUUAUGUGCCGCAAAAUGAUGACGAGCUGGAGCUGCAGGAAGGAGAUCUCGUCAGUGUCAUGGAAAAGUGUGACGACGGCUGGUUUGUCGGUACAUCAAAGAGGACAAAGCAGUUUGGGACUUUCCCUGGGAAUUACGUGAAAGAAGUAAAACUGUAAAAAUGUCUAAUAUGGCUGUAACACAUGGUUGCCUGUCAAGCUUGGGAAGUCGUUGCUACCGCGCAUGGCUGUUGGUUAGACUAGUCAUUUAGCAAGGCGAAUAUAACUUGUCUGGGAAAGUGAUCAGUUCAGCCUGGGGUAUGUCAAACUGCACGAGGCGAAGAUGGGGACAGCUCACUGCCCAAACCUCAGGACGGUGUGCACCGUGAUCACAUAUAACUAACUUUUUUGACAGAGUUCGUCCAUCUCCACAUGUGGAAUUACUCUGUGACAACGUCCCUCAAAUUAGCUUGUGUUGCACAAAUAAUAGCUUAUAGUUUGUCUACGUACACAAGUGUUUACGUUGCACCUUGGUCUAGAGGCAGGCAGCAGAGCAGUAUAUGGAUCAAAAAGUGGAUCUUAUUACCUGAAGUGAACUUUGCAAGAGUGGAAUGUAAUUUAAUAUGAUGCGGAGUUGAAGUUUUUUUUGUCAUGAGCUACCUUCCAGGACCAGAAGUGUUGACCACAAUUGGCAAAGUAUGAUGCAAACUAUGUAUCUGUUUUUUAUUUAUUUUUUAAAUCACUCCCUUAUGAUUUUGCUUCCAAAAUUUAUGUAACUCUGUCAAAUAGAUUAUCUCCCACAGUUAAGACAUAAAAAGAUUGCUUAUAGUCCCUAUGGAAUUUAAAUAUUUUCAGCCUUAUGUAAAAACCCUGCUAUGUCAGAAACCGGUCUGACAUAGCUGCUUUGCGUUCUUUUGAUUUUUUUAAGUCAUGAACUCAAUGUUCCCUGCUUUUGAUGAACAUCACAGCUUUCAUGCUUCAGUGUAAUCCAGAUGUUCUAGAUACCGCUUCAGUAUUGCCUUCAUUUUCUAUCCAAAGAUUGCUCUCCAGUUAUUAAGUCAUAUGUGCAUUUACAUGGACUGCAUUUUAUCUCACAUAUAAAAGUGAAGCAGAGCAGUGUCCGUACACUUCCUUUUUCCUUUUAGAAAGUAGUUUUGCUUUUAUAUGUGUUUUCUGGAAACACAAGUAAACUGUGUUAAGGUAGUUGGUGGUAAACACCCGACUUCAGUGUAACCAUAAGACAGGCGUGGUAGCACUUAACUUCCUGUUUGGUCAUUUAAGGAGCUCCCUUCUAACAAGACAAAUGCAGAUUAGUCCAGGAUGACCAAAUGAAAGCCAACAAGGUUUCUUGAAAUAAAAUAAAACUGAUUUUAGAUGCAUAUUGAGAUUUUAAACAUGCCCUUACUGACAAGAUUGUACAUAUAUAUGUAAAUGCCUACAGAAAACUCUAUGCGGCCCUAAAUAAGGCUAUGUAUUUUCAUAUGUAAUGAUUGCAAAUGUAAGGUCAGCAUUGGUACAGCAUGCACUGUAAAACCAGUGGGAAACAGACUAAUCAAACUGGAGCAUGAAAUUCUAUCUCAACCUUUUCAGUAUUUGCACCUUUAGCUUAAAGCAACCAGAUGUGAGUUUACACUGCUUAUUAAGCUACUUUGAAUUCAGCUUUCAAAGCAUCAGAGCCGUCUUCCUGCGAGUACAAAAGCUCCCACAUCUCCAGUACCAGCAUACCCUGUAAAAGACACCACAGAAAAGAUGAUAGCUGUUAUUUUCUUUGCUUUUUUUCUUCAUAAAAUUCCUUGUCAUCAGUUUCUGCACUGUGCCCAUUAGUCAUGUAGCGCUUGUUAUGACCUGCUCAGAGCAGCACACUGGUGUAGUUUGUGGGGUCAUUGCUAAACAAGUAUUUUUAAGUAAGUGUAGUUGAUAUGAGGUUGGUGGGUGCAGUAAGCUCCCUGAGCAAAGAUCAUCAUCAUAAUAUUCCUGUUAAUACAAGUUUAAUCAAGUAGCAGACUAUCAGUGGCUCUACCUUUUAGUGUAGCUUGGUAUGAUUACACAAAAUCGUUGACACAUAAUGUAAAUUACAGAACUAUAAGAGUAGCUCACUAGAUCCAGAAGCAUUUGUGACUCCGUUUUUCAUCAGAGUUUUGAAGUAAUUAUCGUUGUUGGCCUGAUGAAGAAAAGUCAUAUAUGAAGUUUAACAAUUCAUGCAAUACUUCAGUACAAUCUGUUUUCAUCAUCUUGUGGCUCUUUGCUGUUUAAUCGGGAUUUUCCAUCUUGUUCAAAUCACCUGUGACUAUUUUGCCAACAUCAGCAGGGGAAUUAUUUUCUCAGCAGGACAACACACUCUGCGCUGUGGGUUUGGCUGCACAGCCCUGAUAUAGUGUUCAUGUGUUUUGUUUAAUAACAGAAACCUCCAGCUCUGGCUAAACAUGUUUGUUCCUCUGUAUCUUUCCUCAUGAAUGUGUGGACUGGUUGAGAUCAUUUUUUUUUCUUCCAUGACAGAACAAAAAGGAGAUGGAUGUCAAAAGCACUAAAUCUUGGGCAAAUAAUAACUAACUUAUUUUGUCCAAAAACAGCUUGCAAUGUAGAUUGUUUCUGUCUUUAUUGUGCUCCAUAAAACAUCAGAGGAUGUGUGAAUGUAUGAAUCUAUCAAUGUCUUGCAGGCAGUGUACACUAUUAUGUAAACAAUAAUGUCUGAAUUUCAUCAUGGAAGAAAGACACAGGAAGGAUUGUAAAUAUGUAAAAUAGAAAAUAGGCUGGGAGUGAGGGGAGCAUCAGAUAGGGCUCUUCAUCACUUGCAGUGGUUUAUUUGCCUGAAGGGUUUUUUUUUUGGCAAAGCACAUGAGUGGAGCGUUCCUCAGCAAAGAAAGUUUGAAAUAUAUGAAGAUUUCGCUGCCAUUUGUGAGGAUCAUAAUGCCUUAUGUUAGAUUCAAAAUUGUGCCUCAUUGUCUUUUUUUUUUCUGGGGGUAUCACUGAAAUGUAUUCAUGAUAUUAUUUAACGUAACUAUGGUUUCCCGAUUAGUCCUAGUCUCCCUGAUGGGAGAACAUUUACUAAGAACUUGUCUUUUACUGUACAAGUACCUAAGAGUGUCACAGUGCUUCAUAAUGAUUAAUAAUCAUAAGAAUGGACUAGUUUGAUGAUAUGCACAACCUGCAACAGGUUUGGUUUGUUUGCUUCUACUUGCAGUGCUGUUACAUUGACUAUAUUAAAAUAAAAAUACUAUACACUGAUGUGACUAUUAUGCAAUAUUUAAUAAACAUUUUAAAGCAU